GGUAGCUGACUGGGGAAAGACGGCAAAGCAGCGAACGACCGGCGGUGCAAAGGGAAGGACGGGGGGGAAUUUAGGCAGUGUCCCGUAUUUGGAAUAAGCGAGGCUAGAGAAUACAGCUUCCCCCUGACGUGAAACGAGCUUUUCUGCAACCUUCAUAAGAGAAAAAAAGGAGCCGCAUUUUUCUCCUUUGACGGCUAACUUACAGGCUGGUUGGAACUCUUGGCUAACCAUCGCGUUUGAACUGUGAAGAAACUAAAGAGACGUUGACGAAGAUUGGGAUUUAAAGAACAUAUCUCCCAGCAGUGAGUUGUGAAAACAAGGGGAUAUUUUGCAGUUAGAUAAAAAAAAAAUAUAUAUAUAUAUAUAUAUAUACACAUUGUCAGAGACAGACGGCAUUUGGUUGAGACGUGUUAACGCUGCGUGUUACAUGUCAACUCCCGGGAAAAGGGGGAAGUUGUGGCAUCAAGGAACGGAGAAAAGUAGCGUUAACGUUAGCUCCCUGGUUAGCUGAACAGCUAACCUAGCAGGCUGCUAAGCUGCUGUCGCCCUUCCAUUCCUGGAGCAGAGGAGGGGCGCUGGGGCUUUGUAGCAUUGCAGAUCUGGUUUGCAUUUUUUGGAUUGCUGCAAGAAUGGAGAAUCCCAAAUAUCUGUCUCAACUCAGGGAGAUGUUCUGAACGGCUUCGACUAGGUUAUUUUAAAUAUAUAUAUAUAUUCUCUUAACGCCAGAGGAGAGCAGAAAACUGCCUGCUAACGCUGCGAUUCCAACAAAAUCAGCCGGCCCGGAGCAGCCAGGGUCUGUUACAGGCUUACUUCUUUUCUUAUGCACCCUUUGAGGGGUUGGGGGGAUAGGUAUUAAAAAAUGGGGAAGUGCUGCACGUCUCACCCAGCUUCAAGAUACUGGCUCUCGAGAGGAAGGUCAUGAUUAGGCGCAUUUUAUCGCUUAUUUAGCACCGGCUUGGCCUCAACGCGCAAAAGUUUGAUUAUUUUUCGAGACGUGCAGUGGCGAGAACUUUUCAAGGCCCCCCUCUGCGCUGACUUCCAGGCCGAGGAGGUGUUUGCUCGUCCAACCCCAUCCAUCACCAUUGCUUCAAAAGGCCAACAGUAAGGAAUAGAACAUGUCGGGAGAGGUGCGUUUGAAGAAGCUGGAGAAGCUGAUCCUGGACGGGCCGGCUCAGUCUAAUGGCCAGUGCCUGAGUGUGGAGACGCUGCUGGAUAUCCUGGUGUGCCUCUAUGAUGAGUGCAACAACUCCCCCCUCAGAAGGGAGAAAAACGUCCUGGAGUUUUUGGAAUGGGCCAAACCCUUCACAUCCAAAGUGAAGCAGAUGCGCCUGCACAAGGAAGACUUUGAGAUCCUUAAAGUGAUUGGACGAGGAGCCUUUGGAGAGGUUGCAGUGGUAAAAGUGAAAAACACUGACAAAGUUUUUGCAAUGAAGAUUCUCAACAAAUGGGAGAUGCUGAAGCGAGCAGAGACGGCAUGUUUCCGGGAGGAGCGGGAUGUGUUGGUGAAUGGGGACUGCCAGUGGAUCACCACCCUGCACUACGCCUUCCAGGAUGACAAUAAUCUGUACCUGGUGAUGGACUACUAUGUGGGCGGUGACCUGCUGACUCUGCUCAGCAAGUUUGAGGACCGGCUGCCGGAGGAGAUGGCCAAGUUCUACCUGGCUGAGAUGGUGCUGGCCAUCGACUCGGUUCAUCAGCUACACUAUGUCCACAGGGACAUCAAGCCCGACAAUAUUCUGCUGGAUAUGAACGGCCACAUCCGCCUGGCUGACUUUGGCUCCUGCCUCAAACUCAUGGAGGAUGGGACGGUUCAGUCAUCUGUGGCUGUGGGAACCCCAGACUACAUCUCUCCAGAAAUCCUCCAGGCUAUGGAGGAUGGGAAAGGCAAAUAUGGGCCAGAGUGUGACUGGUGGUCCCUGGGGGUCUGCAUGUAUGAAAUGCUGUACGGCGAGACUCCUUUCUAUGCAGAAUCCUUGGUGGAAACCUACGGGAAGAUCAUGAACCACAAGGAGAGAUUCCAGUUCCCACAGCAGAUCACAGAUGUUUCUGAGGAGGCGAAAGAUCUGAUUCGCCGACUCAUUUGCAGCCGAGAGCACCGAUUGGGUCAGAAUGGCAUCGAGGACUUCAAGCAGCACCCCUUCUUCGCGGGCAUCGAUUGGGAUAACAUUCGCAUGUGUGAAGCCCCCUACAUCCCAGAGGUCAGCAGUCCUACAGACACCUCCAACUUCGAUGUGGACGACGACUGUCUCAAGAACUCGGAGACGAUGCCCCCUCCCUCUCACACUGCUUUCUCAGGCCACCACCUGCCCUUUGUAGGUUUCACCUACACAAGUAAAUGCACUCUGUCUGAUCGGGGUUGCCUGCGACAGCUGGGAGGUGAGCCGGGGAAGGCCGGGCAGGACAAGCUGGAUGUUGAAGUGCAGCGUAGCCUGGAGGACAGCCUGGCCACCGAGGCCUACGAGAGAAGGAUUCGCCGCCUGGAGCAGGAGAAGCUAGAGCUGAGCCGCAAACUGCAAGAGUCGACUCAGACGGUGCAGGCGCUGCAGCACACGGGCGAGGGCCCCCUCAGUGCUAACAAGGAGGUGGAGAUCAGGAGCCUGAAAAGCGAGAUCGACAUUCUGAAGAAGCAGAUCGCUGACUCAGGCCAGCUGGAGAAGCAGCUGGAGGAUGUGACGCUGGCUCGGAGAGACUUGGAGGACUCGUCCAAACACAUCAAGACUCUUGAGAAACAGAUGAAGAGCAUCACACAGGAAAGGGAUGACCUACAGAAGGAUCUCAUGGACGCCAGCGAGAAGUUGAAGGUUCAGUCUAAAGAGCUGAAGGAAGCCCACAGCCAGAGAAAACUGGCCAUGCAGGAGUUUUCAGAGCUGAACGAGAAGCUCACAGACCUCAGGUCGGCGAAGCAGCGCCUGGUUCGUCAGCUGCGUGACAAAGAGGAGGAGAUGGAAAGCCAGAAUCAAAAGGUGGAGGCUCUCCGCCUCGAGGUGCGAAAGGCCGAGAGGGCCAAGAAGGAGAUGGAGGCUCAGGUGGAGGAGCAGGCGGCCGAGGCUCAGAAAGAGAAGAAGCUGAAAGAGCGCAACGAGCAAUACAGCCGACAGCUGCAGGAGGAGCUGGAGGGGCUGAAGGUGAAGCAGGCUGGCUCCUCUGCUGCCCCGGCCCCGGCGGAUCAAACCCAGGAGGUCGGGCGUUUACGUGGAGAAAUGGAGAAGAAAACGAUGUUCUUCGAGGAAGAGUUGGCCCGCAGGGGGGCGCAGUACAGCGCCGAGCUGAAGGCGCUGCGUAAAGAGCUGAGAGAUGCCGAGAGCCAACAGCUCAACCUGCAGAAAGAGAUCCUGAUGCUCAAAGACAAACUGGAAAAGACUCGUCGUGAAAGCCAAAGCGAGCGGGAGGAGUUUGAGACCGAGUACAAGCAGGAGUACGAGCGAGAGCGAGUCCUGCUCACUGAAGAAAACAAGAAGCUGUCCAGUGAACUCGACAAGCUAACCACCAUGUAUGAGAAGAUGAGCAGCUCCAACAGGCAGCUGGAGGAUGAGAUGAGGGAGCUGGCUGAUAAAAAGGAGAGUGUAGCUCACUGGGAGGCCCAGAUCACAGAAAUCAUCCAAUGGGUGAGUGAUGAGAAAGAUGCUCGGGGCUACCUGCAGGCUCUGGCCACUAAGAUGACAGAAGAGCUGGAGGGGCUGAGAAGCAGCAGCCUGGGAGCGAGAGCCACGGACAUGCCGUGGAAAAUGCGGCGUUUGGCCAAGCUGGACAUGUCUGCGCGCCUGGAGCUGCAGUCGGCCCUGGACGCUGAGAUCAGGGCAAAGCAGAGCAUCCAGGACGAGCUGAACAAAGUCAAGGCCAACAACAUUUCCACAGAAUGUAAACUGCAGGAAGUUGGAAGUAAAAACCAGGAACUGCUGGCUGAGAUCGAGCGUCUGAAAAAGGAGACGGAGGAGCUGCGGCUACGGCGAGGUGUCAAGCACCAGGAUUCCCAGAAUUCCUUCUUGGCUUUUCUCAACGCCCCCACCUCAGCUCUCGACCAGUUCGAUGAUUCUUAUUCCUCAUCCUCAUCUUCUUUAAUUGAGUUUUGGGAAGAUCACUCGCCGUCCGUCGGCCCAGCUAGCAAAGGCAGACGUGUGGACUCUGUGGAUAACUUCACCCCCUCCAACACGCCGUCUCGGGAAGAUGACCCCAAGUCCCACCUUAAGCCCCGCUCUCGUUCACCUUCCAUGGCUAGUGACAUGGAGCCAAUAGAGUUGAUCGAUCAUCCUCGCUCAGUUCAGACGCCCACCAUGCGCUCAGGAGGUUAUGGCAGUAUCGGGCGCUCCUCACCUAAGCCCAAAGCACAUCAGUUUGUAGUGAAGACAUUCAACACACCCACCAAGUGUAACCAGUGCACCUCUCUGAUGGUGGGGCUCAUCCGUCAAGGCUGUACGUGCGAAGUAUGCAACUUUUCCUGCCAUGUAACGUGUGCGGACAAAGCUCCAGCUGUGUGCCCCGUGCCGCAGGACCAGACCAAGGGCCCGCUGGGCAUCGACCCUCAGAGGGGGAUCGGUACUGCUUACGAAGGACACGUCAGGGUGCCCAAACCAACCGGGGUGAAAAAGGGCUGGCAGAGGGCGAUGGCUGUGGUCUGUGACUUUAAAUUGUUCCUCUAUGAACUGGGAGAAGGAAAAGCAACACAGCCAAGUGUGGUCGUCAGUCAAGUCAUAGACAUGAGGGAUGAAGAGUUUUCAGUCAGUUCAGUCCUGGCCUCUGAUGUCAUCCACGCCAGCCGCAAGGACAUUCCCUGUAUAUUCAGAGUCACGGCGUCCCAGCUGUCCCCCUCCAGCAGCCACAAGCCCUCCAUCCUGAUCCUGGCCGACAGCGACCAGGAGAGGACCAAGUGGGUGGGCCUCCUCAACGAGCUCCACCGCAUCCUGAAGAGGAACAAGCUCAAGGAGCGCUUCGUCUACGUCCCCAAGGAGGCUUACGACAGCACCCUGCCCCUCAUCAAGACGACACAGUCUGCUGCUAUCAUAGAUCACGAGCGCGUCGCCCUGGGCAACGAGGAAGGCCUUUUUGUCAUCCAUGUCACCAAAGAUGAGAUAAUCCGGGUGGGGGACAACAAGAAGGUGCACCACAUUGACCUGAUGCUCCAGGAGCAGCUGCUGGCGGUCAUCUCCGGCAGGAACCGCCACGUCCGCCUCUUCCCUUCGCAGGCCCUGGACGGCCGCGAGACCGAGUUCUACAAGCUGGCAGAGACGAAAGGCUGCCAGACCAUCGUGUCGGGUCCGGUCCGCAACGGCUCGAUCACCUGCCUCUGCGUGGCCAUGAAGAAUAAAAUCAUAUGUUACGAGGUGAAUAAGAGUAAAAUGCGUCACCGUCGGCUGCGGGAGCUGCAGGCCCCGGGGCCGGUUCAGUGGAUGGGUCUGCUCAGUGAGCGUCUCUGUGUGGGCUAUCCGUCUGGCUUCAUGCGCUACAGUGUCCAUGGGGACAUGUCCCCUGUCAGCCUGCUCCACGCUGAGGACCACACACUGGCCUUCAUCCCUCAGCAGGGCCUGGACGCUCUCUGUGCCGUGGAGAUCUCCAGCAAGGAGCUGCUGCUGUGCUUCAGUGCCAUCGGGGUGUACGUGGAAUCGCAGGGCCGCAGGUCGCGGCAGCAGGAGCUCAUGUGGCCGGCUGUGCCCAUCGCUGCCUGCUACAACGCCCCCUACCUGUCCGUGUACAGCGAGAACGCCGUGGACGUGUUUGAUGUCAACACCAUGGAGUGGAUUCAGACCAUCCCGGUCAAAAAGAUGCGACCUCUGAAUGUGGACGGCUCUCUGAACCUGCUGGGGCUGGAAACCGUGCGCCUUAUCUACUUUAGGAACAAGAUGGCCGAGGGCGACGAGCUGGUCGUCCCGGAGACGUCAGACAACAGCCGGAAGCAGAUGGUGCGCAGCAUGAACAACAAGAGACGCUACUCCUUCAGAGUGCCCGAAGAGGAGCGACUUCAGCAGAGGAGAGAGAUGCUGCGAGAUCCUGAGAUGAGGAACAAACUGAUCUCCAAUCCAACCAACUUCAACCACGUGGCUCACAUGGGACCAGGAGAUGGGAUCCAGAUCCUGAAGGAUCUGCCCAUGAACGUCCGUGUUCAGGAUAGCCGAGCGGGGUUCAGCGGCUCCGUCAGCAUUCCCUCCAUCACCAAGAACCGGGCCGAGCCGGGCCGCUCCAUGAGUGCCAGCAGCGGACUGGGCAUACGCUCGUCCUCGCAGAAUGGCAGCGCUCUGCGCAGGGAGCUGUCAGGAGGAAGCUACGGGUCCAAACGCCAGACCAUGACCUCUCCUUCCGAGAGCUCCCUGUCCUCUGGCGGAGGGGUGGACUGCGGUGAUGCUCCGCUCUCACAGUUCGACAGAGAGUGGCAGGCAGUCUCACCGUCGGAGAAGACCCCCGAUCUGAAAAGGGCUUUAAGGACCCUGCUUAGUAAGAUGAAGGAUUCAGACUCCCCACGCCACUCCACGGCCUCCAACAGCUCCACCUUCAGCAGCCCUCCCAGCCCGGCCUCCCCACACAAGACCAAGUCCCUGUCCUUGGAGAGCACAGAAAGGAUGGGCUGGGACACAUGAGCCCCCAGCGGUCCAUCCGACCCCCCUCACCCACCCACCGACUGACCCAUCAACGACCCACCCACCGACAGCACAGGACUCCAAAUUCUCCAACUCUUCCUUUUUUGAAUAUUGUUCCCUCACUGCCCAGAGAACUGCACCUCCUGCCCACCACUCCCUCCCAAAGAAGAUUUGUCCCACUUUACCCCCCCGCACUGUGUCUCAGCGUUCUUCCACAGUGGGGCCGAAACACUCGCUAGACAGCGAGGGACAAGCUAUCAAAUGCUAUCCGUGGUGUACAUGUGGGUGCUGAUGUUUGGCUUGUGUGUGUGAGUGUGUGAGAGAGAAGGUGUGUGUGAUGUCGGGCAGGUGAUGCAGGAACAGGAAGCUCCCAUUUUGGCUCUUUUUGGUCAACUUGUCGAGAUUCACUGAGAGACUCUUAAAAAGUCACGAUGCAAUCCAAAAAGAAGAUGAAAUAUUAUUGAGAGCAGAAGGUUUGUACUUGUACAUAGGACCCGCCGGGAUUCAGGGGACAGUGUUUUAAUUUAUUUAUCAAUCAUAGACGAGGAAAGGGG